AAUAAGAGAGAGAAAAAGAAAGAGAAUGAGAAAGGAGACCAAACGGGGGCAUUAUAUUAUGUACUUUUUGACCUAGUACAUGACAUAUCGUGAUUUGGGCCAGAAAAUUUGGCACUACUGAUUAUAUGAUCCCAUAUGGAGGUUUGGUAAUACCGAAAGUCAGGUCCUAUGUUGUUGUCCAAAAGGCUUGUUGUGGGCUAGAAUACAGAGUGUUACCACACCCCCACUAUGUUGGUAUCAGAGCCAUGUUGUUAUCUUGAUCUUAUUAUUCUGAUUGGAAUUAUCCAGCUUGAAAGAAACUAGGAAGAACACAUUAAAAAUUAUGUCUGAAUCUUCUAGUUCAUCUAUAUUAGCACCCUUCACCUCCUUUCGAAAAUCUAAUACUUCUAAAAUCGACUCCCUUUAUGAAAUAUCUUACCUACUUGAAUCUGAAAAAAUUCCAGUUACAGAUCUACCUCUUGUCAAUCCUUACCUUCCAUAUAACAAACCUCGAAAUUCCUUCACCAAAACUGUUAAAAGUAUCAUUUCACCAUCAAAAUCCCAAAUCAAAGAAUAUGUUCAGGCAUCAAAGUUUGAUCAGCAUCUUCUACCUGCUACUGAAAAGGAACAGUUUGUUACCUUAGAUUUACCAUCUCAUCUUCCAAAAGUAUGGUUAUCUGAAGGUUUUACCCAUCUUCAUUUUGGAGCUGUAAAAAUUGCGCUUAACCUCCAUGGAAGAAAAUGUCUCCCGGCUGUUUUUAGAAUUGCUCUUCUAGAUACACGAUUUGCUGAUUAUCAACAUGCAUGUAUUGGCACUGUGGAAACUACACUCAAUGCGGGAAUAGUACUUGUUACUAUGUUUCCAAAUUUUAAUAUGCCAAUUACAGAUCCAUUAUUGUUUUCAGCUUUAAAAAUCCAGGUCCAAAUUGUUGGGGCAGUUCCAACAGCAGUCACAUAUGGAGCAACACUUCAUUACCAGAUGGCUUACAGAAUUCAAAAUCACUCUCUUGAUUUUGCCACUCCUAAUGGGACGGAUGAUGCUUUAUUAAUUCAGAUGGGAACAGAUCAGCCAAGCUGUACAUAUGUUCCUAGACAGAUUCCUAGAUCCAAGCUCAUUAAAUUGGUCCCUCAAACCUGGGUUACUAGUUAUGAGCAACAUCACCAGGCGUCAAAAGACUCUCUGCCUAUACAAUCAGCAUCUUUAUUUUCCAACACAGUUUGCUUUUUCCAAUGGAGAAAUUUCCAUUUAUGGAUUUGAUGCAAAUGGCAGGCCAAUUUAUUGCAAAUCUGAUAACUUAGGACAUAUUUAUUGGGAUGUAUGGUUCUGUGCGAAAUGCAUAGAAGAUGAAGAAGAUCUAUUUAACGAUCGUCCUUCCAGGAAGAAGAAGAAAAAGAAGAAUAGCCAACAAAAGUUGCGUGAAGCAUAUGAAAACAAAUCUGCAGAAGUUGAUUUGUUAGGAGAACCCUCUAGAAAAUUUGACUAUUAUGUCAAGUACACUCCACCUCCUACAAGUGAUGAAUCUAUUAUUCUUACUAGUUGGGAUGAUGAUGAUGAUAAUGGUGAUCCAUGGGAUUGCGACCAACUACAUAAAAAAUGGGACUGGGAUAAUAGUUCACCUCCAUCUCCUCAGAUAGCUAUGCCUAUAGCUAUGUUCCACCCUCCUCAACAAGAAGAGUUUCCUCCAUUGUCCUCUUUUGACAAAGAGCAGUCAACUCAUGCUUGGAAGAUCAGGAAUCCCAUAUCCAGAAAAUCGGAUGGUUUAGUUGACCAGCUUUCAGCAGCAGAAGCAGUUUUAAACUGGCAGUCAGAAAAUGCAGUCCAACAAAAUUCCCUGUUGAGAAAAAUUGACCAAAGUCAGCAAAGAAUUGAAAGGACUCUACAACAACAAGCACAAACACUAUUAACCCCUCUUCAAGCUUGUAAACAAAAGAUUGAAACCCUCCAUGUUGAAAUCAUGACCUUUUUACAAAACCGUUUACCCAUAACAGAUCAAGAAAGAGAAAUAAGAAAUCUCAAAAAACAACUCAUUUCUCUUGAAAACAAUUCCAUGAUCCCACCUUCUACUCCAUAUCACCCUAUCUCAUAUACCCAUAUAUCACAAACUUCAGGACCCAUGUAUUCAACAGGAGCUUAUGAAUCCACAUUUUCACUCUUCACUCCUGAAGAAUGGGAAAAGAAAUUGACACCUCUUUCUCAUCCCGAUAUAAAGAAAACCAAACCAUUAGCCUCACAAAAUCUACAAGUUUUACCUCCACCAAACCCAGAAAAAAGACCACAAAUGCUGAUAAAAAACCCCAUAACCACUUUCCUACAAAAAACUCAAAAUCGUUCCUCUAUAACUCCUAUUUUAAUCAUCCCAAAUGAAACUAGUUCUGAACUUGAAGAGUUCUCAGAUGAAUUUCUAGAAGAUCAUCCUCUUUUUUAUAUGGCUGACAGACCACACUCAAGUCAAACUCAACAAGGAAUUCCUGUUGUUGAUGAGCCUGAAAUAAUUGAUGAAGAAAUUGCUGAUCCUCAUGUCGUGAACAAUUAUUAUUCACAAAAUAGUACUUCAGCAACCAAAUUCACUUUUGAUGAUAUUCCUCCAGUUUUGUGGAAAGCAAGAUUUCAAGAAAUGAAAGCAUGGUGUUUAGCAGAAUUACGAAGGCCAAAUAUGACUCAUUCUGCAGUCAUAAAAUCUUUUCUGGCAAGAAUCACUGGGUUCUUAAAAGAUUGGUAUGAUGCUCUUGGAGAAUAUCGCCAGAUCCAAUAUUCUAAUUCCCCAACAAUAGAUGCUUUCAUAGAAUCAUUAUAUUGGGAAUUCUGGGGAAAGACGGAUCAUUUGAAGGAUAUUGCAAGAGAAGAAUUUUUCAAAUUGAAAUGUUGUUCUUACAAUCCUAAAGAUCUGGAUAAACAUUUCCACAAUGCUUCCAGGCGAUACUACCUCAUUGGUGGAAUGGACGAUACAAAUAUAAAGCAGGCUUACUUAGAGUCCAUCCCACAGCCUCUUGGUCAAGAAACACUCAGAAUGAUUGAAAUAAAAGGACAAUCAUUGGGAACCACUUCAUUUGGAGAGCUUCACAACUGGGUCAAGAGAACCUUAAAAAAACUCUGCAAUCAAAGAGAGUUUUUAAAGGAUAUCAGUACAACAGGACAGAAGUUUGAAAAGGCAUGUGAUCAGCCAGAUUUGAAGAUUAAGUGCCGAUAUGAUAACAAGAGUUGUGAUUGUCUAGGAAAGAAGAAAUUCCACAGGAGGAGGUUCAAAUUUCGGAACAAAAGAUUUUCCAAAUUUUUUCCUCGAAGAAGAAGAUAUUUUAAAAGGAAAUUCACAAAGAAAAAGGGAGACAGGUGUUUUAUCUGUGGAAAGAAGGGUCAUUUUGUAAAAAUUGUACCAACAAAAAGAAGGAGAGAAUUUUACACCAAAUCUAUGCAGCAACGAAAGUGGAAGAAGAAGCGGACCUUGAAUCGGUAUUCUCUGAAGAAGAUGAGCAGUCCCCUGAAACUGUUUUCGUACUGGAAUUUGACUCCGAUGAUGAGAGCACUAAUGACUAUGACAGUAUAUAGGAAUGCUAUGGAAUGCAAGUAAUCAAUCUUAGUCUUCCAGUUCCGAUGAUUGAAGUCAAAAUACUUCCAGGAAAAUAUGAAAGACCAAUCACAGUUGCAGGUCUGUUUGACACUGGAGCAGCUUGUUCAAUCUUAAAUCCAGCCAUUCUCCCAAAGACGUGGAAAACACAUCCGCAAAUAUUCCAGGCAGCCAAUAAUGAGUAUUUUUUUUAUAGAGUUGAUAAGUAAGCCAGUGACACUUCAGUUCUUUCUUGAAUGUAAUGUCUCACACAAGUUACUUGGAUCAUCUUUACCAGGGAAGGAUAUUGUAAUUGGUUUUGACAUCAUUCGACAAUUGUGGGCAAAACGUGUUAAUCCUCUUCCAAAUGGCCUUAGAUACAAGUCCUACUUUUUGCCAUACAUACAGCCAACCACAUAUUUUUCCAUAACCAGCCUUGAUGAUAUAACAAGCCUAUUAAUCCGAGAAUGUUGUACAGAUUCUCACACAGAUUUUCUCACAAAAUGCACUCACCCUCUAUGGAAAAAUCCAGAUUUUUUCAUAGCCCUACCUUUCAAAAGAAAUGAAGACGUUAACCCUACUAAAGCCAGCCAUAUUGGAAUGAGCCCUGAACACCUCCAGUUAGCAACCAAAGAGUUAAGCCAAUUGCAAGAUGAAGGUCUCAUUGAACCUACUACUUCUCAAUGGGCAUGCCAAGCAUUUUAUGUCAACAAAAGAAGUGAACAAGUUCGUGGAAAAAUGAGACUUGUGAUUGAUUAUAAACCAUUGAAUCACUUCCUUGCUGAUGACAAGUUUCCUCUUCCAAACAAAAGAACUUUAUUUGCCAGUCUGUCCAAGGCACAGAUAUUUUCAAAGUUUGAUCUAAAAGCAGGAUUUUGGCAAUUGGGAAUUAAGAAAGAUGAAAGGCAUAAGACAUGUUUCUGUAUCCCAAACUACCACUAUCAGUUGACGGUUAUGCCAUUCGGUCUUAAGACGGCCCCAUCAUUGUUCCAAAAGGCUAUCACAAGAAUUUAUCAUCCAAUAUUAGAGUCAGCAUUAAUCUAUAUUGAUGAUAUUCUCUGGUUCUCAAAAGAUGUCGAUUCUCAUUCUCAACUGUUGUCUCAAUUUGCUGAUCUGACAAAACAAUUUGGAAUAAUGCUUUCUCAGAAAAAGAUGGUUAUUGGAGUCUCUGAAAUUGAUUUCUUGGGCAUGCAUAUUAAAGAUGGUCAAUAUUCGUUACAACCACAUGUUGGUCAGGAAUUGUUAAAGUUUGCAGACACAGAUCUCUCUAAACGAGAAGUCCAACAGUUCCUUGGGAUUGUAAAUUACAUGGCCAAUUUUGUUGAUCAUUUAACUCCUAUUAUCAUACCAUUGCAGAACAUGCUGAAAAAAGAUGCACCACCAUGGUCUUCAAAACAAACAGAAGCAGUCCGAAAAAUCAAACAAAAGGUGCAAGAACUUCCAGCUCUAUCUAUCCCUACUAACGGGAAAAGGAUCUUACAAAUUGAUGCAAGUGAUCUAUAUUGGGCAGCAGUUCUAUUGGAGGAGAAAAAUGGAAAAAGAAACAUUUGUGGAUACAAAAGUGGAGCAUUCUUAGAAGCAGAAAAGCAUUAUCAUUCCACUUUCAAAGAAAUCUUGGCGGUUAAACGUGGUAUUGAGAAAUUUCAGUUUCAUCUCAUUGGACACAAAUUUCUUAUUGAAAUGGGCAUGUCAGCAUUCCCUAAAAUGCUUUCAUUCAAACAAAAACAAAUUCCAAAUUCUCAACUACUCAGAUGGGCAGAAUGGUUUUCAAACUUUGACUUUGAUGUUAAACAUAUAAAGGGAAAAACCAAUGUCCUUCCAGACCUACUCACCAGACCAAAAGCUUUUCACUCCCAACCUAUCCCUGUAAUCUGUAUGAUGAACCUUCCAUUUCAUUUGCUUUCUCAAAAUGAACAAAUUCCCCCAUAACUUAAUACUCUCAUCAGAGACAAAACCCUCCAUUCCCGAGCCCAAGAGUUCAUGUUAAAAUACCAGUCCAUUAUUAUCAGGCAAACAGGAAUUGAAACUUUGGUGGUCUUGGAUUUCAUCCAAAUUAUCCAUUUUUUAAUUUGUUCCAUAUAAUCCCACACCAAGCAGUUUCAAAAUUUUCAAAGGAAUUACUUUGUUUUCUGUGGUACUUAUUGGAACUUUUCCAAAUUGGAGUUUCUUUUAAUGUUUGUGAAUCUCUUGAAUGGUUCAAAGAAAUCACUUUUCGAAGUUUUAACAAAAAUGAUCCAUUUCAAGAAGCACAUUUUGAGGCAAAGAAAUUCUUCGAAUGGUUUUAUCCUAUUUCUCAUUGGAUAAAAAUGUUUGAAGCAUUUUCUUUAAAAUUUAAAGAUUUGAGAACUUCCCAAAACAAUGUUUUUGUAAUUCUGAUUUUCCAACGGCAAGGAUAUUUUACAGAAACAGGUUCUUAUGAACACUUCUCUUAUGUUAAGGAGUAUGCAGUCUAACCUUUCAAUCUCCAUCAAGAUUGAGAAAGGUAUCCAAAGGAGUUUCGAGAAUUUCAAAGAAAAAUGGCUGAAAUCAACUAGACAAUUCCUUCACAAAUUUGGCCAGACAUAGAAGAUGAUGCUCCAUGGAAAAUUCUACCUCUAGACUAUGCAACCAAGAUUUAGCAAGACAUUCAGAAACACAGAGAAGGACAAUGCCAAAUUUUUAGACAAGUAUUUGGACACUAUCCAUCUGCUACUUGGGAAAAUGACAAAACCCAUUGGAACCAGCUUUACUUGGGAAGGCCACAUCAAUGCCUUGGAGAAACAUCUAAAUAUCCAGAAACCAUACCAGAAAGACAACAACUGCGUAACAGUCUCUGGAAUGAAUUUCAAGAAAAAAUGAAAAUUGAUAAAAUGGACGUGGACAAACCAGGACCAAGCAAUCCAGGCAAACUUGUAUAAAGGGCCCCCAUAGAUAUGAAGGAAAUGCCAGCCGGAUCGACCAACAAAUGAUAGGCCAGAGAGAUGGGUUCAUUCAACUAAUUAGUGAUCCCUGGGCCUACCUAACACAAAUGUCCCUGAAAUAGGGGAUUGGAUUGGUUGAUCGGAAAGCUCAGGCAGGAGUAGGACAUUCCAUACAAAUCUUUCUGAUCUACUAGCUGGUGGUCCUCUCAAAUCCCAUUUUUUCAUCAACAGUGUUUUCCAGGACUCUCAAGAUCCAUAUGAUUAUGGAACACAGUCGUAUGAUUUUGAUUCAACAGAGCCAGACAAUCUUGAAAAAUUGGAAGAAAAAAUUUUUAAAGAAAAAUUUGAUACUACAACUAGGCGUUGGUGGAAGCAACAUGGACUCCCCUCUGAUUCAGAUGAUUCAAAUGAACCUGGACGAGAAGCAAAUCUUGGAACACCUUGAUGACUCAGCAGCUCAUGUGAAAUAAUCAUUUUGUCGUUUGCAAUAAAAUCUCUUUUAAAAAGUAGAUUCUUUACUUUUUAAAAGAUGGUUGUAAAAUUAUUGUACUAAAAGUAGUAAGUCAUGCUAGUAAAGUGAUGAGUCAUGUCCUUAUGUAAUAAGUAUUGUACUAAAAGUGAUGAGUCAUUGGUAGUACUAUUAGUUUUGUGUCGGUUGUAUGAUGAGGCUCCUCCUCUAUAUAAGGAGCUCUUAUCUUUCAUUGAGGAUCAUCUCGAGCUCAACUCUUCUUAAUAUAAAAGUUUGUCCCUCUUAA